UCGCUGGCUGGCAAUAAUGGCAUUCCUUCCAUUCCAUUCCAUCCUCCCUCGCCGCCGCUUCGCUUCCCUUCUCCCGCUCUUCCCCUUUCAAAUCCCCACUCCUCUCCUCCCUUCCCCUCCUGUCCCCCGUCUCUAUAAACCCUAGCCGAGGGGAGGUGAGGGUGCCCCUCCUCCGGAAGUCCGGAUCGUCUCCUCCGCCGCCUCCUCAUGGCGACCCCGCCGCUGCCGAGGCGCGUCUCCUGCGGCUCCCUUCUCCAGGAACUGCAGGAACUAUGGGGAGAAAUCGGUCAGGAUGAAAUGGAAAGAAACAGGAUGAUACUGCAACUUGAGGAGGAUUGCCUCAAUGUUUACAAGACGAAAGUGGAUCAAACCAGGAAGCAAAAGGCAGACCUCCUUCAGACGCUGUCCUUUGGCGAAGCUGAUAUCGAGAAAAUCCUUUCUGCUCUUGGAGAGCGCGAAUCCUUUUCAAGGUCAGAGAAGCUUGGGGGCACAUUAAUGGAACAACUUUCCAAGAUAGAGCCAGUGUUGGAAGAUUUGAGACAGAGGAGGGUUGAGCGAGUAAAUGAGUUCAGGGCUGUUCAGUUGCAGAUUGUUCGUCUACAAGCAGAAAUUUCAGGAACCAUUGAUCACGGAGAACCCCCAGCUCCCUUGGUAGAUGAGAGUGACCUAUCCCUAAGGAGGUUUGGAGAAUUGAAGGCGCAGCUCAAUGAGCUUCAGACAGAAAAGAAUCUCAGGCUGCAAAAGAUUGACAUCCAGAUCAAAUGUAUUAAUGACAUGUGCAACACGAUGACUUUUGAUCUUAAGGAGGCUUUAUAUGAUGUUCAUCCCAGUUAUGCUGAAUCGGGAAGAAGCAAAUCCAUUAGUAUUAGUAACAGCACACUUGACAGGCUUGCAGGAAAAGUUCAUUCGUUAAACCAUGAAAAGAAACAGAGACUGCGGAAGCUCCAAGAUCUUGGUAGCACGCUUAUUGAGUUAUGGAACCUCAUGGACACACCAAUUGAUGAACAAACAUGCUUUGACCAUGUUACUUCUCUGAUUAAAGUCUCACCAAAUACAGUGAUGCCCAAAGGAUGUCUUGCACAUGACCUUAUCGAGAAGGUAGAGAUUGAGGUUAAGAGAUUGAAUCAUUUGAAAGCCAGCAAAAUGAAAGAGCUAGUCUUAAAGAAAAUGAUUGAGCUUGAAGAAAUCUAUAGAAGUGUUCACAUGGAUAUUGAUGGUGGUUCUGAGCGCCGGAUCCUCAAUGAUCUCAUCGAUUCUGGUAGAGCAGAUCUCUCAGAGUUGCUUACAGGUAUGGACGAUAGAAUUUCGGAGGCAAGAGAACAUGCUCUAAGCAGAAAGGACAUUCUAGAAAAGGUUGAGAAAUGGACAUUGGCAUCUGAAGAGGAGACCUGGCUUGAUGAAUAUGAGAGGGAUCAGAAUCGCUAUAAUGCUGGUCGAGGAGCUCACAAAAAUCUCAAACGUGCAGAGAAAGCAAGGACAUUGGUCAGCAAAAUUCCAUCUCUUCUGGAGAAUUUGACUGCUAAAAUUAAAGCUUGGGAAAAGGAGAAGGGUAUUCCAUUUAUGUUUGACAAGAUGAGGCUGUUGGAUACUUUAGAAGAAUACACCUCUACAAGACAGAAAAAAGACGAGGAAAAGCGUCGAUCACGGGAGCUGAAGAAACUGCAAGAACAGUUUGCAGCAGAACAAGGCACCAUGUUUGGAGCAAAGCCAAGCCCCAUCCGUCCUCUCCCUGCAAGGAAGCCUCUUGGGCAGAGCUCUAAUGUCAACAUCGUAGGUGGAACUCCAACAAGCCGCCGUGUUUCUACCCCAAUGUCACGGAAGGGAUGCCUGUCUUCUGGAAAGGUGAAGGAAGCUGCCAAGACUCCUGCUGCGCCUGCAAAUUACGUUGCCCUUCCGAAGGAUUGCUUAGACAAUUAGUACAAUCACCACCUAUAGCUAUAGGUUGGAGCUAGCCUAACCGUUGCUUGACUUUUCAUAUGUUUGAUCUAUAUAGAUUAGCUGCUUGCUAAUGCUUAAAAAGUUCCUUGACCUCAAUGUCCGAUUCAUACUUUCAGACUUGCAUGUUUCUAUCCUAAAUAGUACAGUUCUCUAUCCUCUCUACCAAACGGUUGGAAAUUCUGGUACUGACUCACAGUUUGGUGGGAUAGAUGCAGUGGGGAACAGCCUGCCUCUUGUUCUCCUU